CGUCAUUUCCAGUGCGGGUGUCUCUGCUGCUGUCACAUCCGCCUCCUCGAGAGAAAGAGGAGGAAGGACAGCUGAUGCUUUUGCUGCUGCUGCCUUUGGAGCCUCCAGCGCCUGGCGCGUAAUGCUUUGCGCAAAGAGAAGCAGCCUUGGCACCGGCGUUGGCAGCCUGGCAAAAGCCGGGGGUCGGAGGAUCGGGCCCGGAGAGGGCUUGGGGGGCUGAAGGGGGACCCCAGGCCCUGAUCCCUCGGUUGACACCUUUCGGAAGAGAAGACCAGAGGAGAGAAACCCAAGAGAGAGGCUUCUCUAUCUUCCUCUCCAUCUUCCUUUUCUGUCCAAGGUGAUCUUCUUCUCUGCCCAAAGUGGACAAGAAAAAAGGGCCCAUGUCCGGAGGAGGAAGAGACACGUUGGGAUUCUUGAACCCGGCGCCGGAAUGCGGGGGAGCUCGCACGCGCAUGUUCCAGAUGAAGAUGUCAUAAAGCUGUUGUGCAUCCCCUUCCAUCCUAUUGUGUUGCUUUAACUGCUGGGCUCCCCUGCUUUUUGGGGGGACUCUUUUAAGCCUCACCCUUUAUUUGAAAACCCGCCCCCCCCAAAGCCCCCCCCAUUUCAAUUGCCCUGCUGCCAUGAACGGCCUCUCCGUGAGCGAACUCUGUUGCCUCUUCUGUUGCCCGCCAUGCCCUGGACGCAUAGCCGCCAAGCUGGCCUUCUUGCCCCCGGAGCCAACGUAUACCAUCGUCCCCGAGCCGGAUCCUGCAGGGAGCUCUGGCAGUACCUCCCCCCGGAGUGGAGCCAUGGCCCGCUGGAAGCUCCACUUGACCGACCGGGCCGACUUCCAGUAUAGCCAGCGGGAGCUGGACACCAUGGAGGUCUUCCUGACCAAGAGUAGCCGAGGGAACCGUGUGGGAUGCAUGUAUGUCCGCUGUGUACCUGGCGCCAGGUUCACAGUGCUGUUCUCACACGGAAAUGCUGUGGAUUUGGGCCAGAUGUGCAGCUUCUACAUCAGCCUCGGGACCCGGAUCAACUGUAACAUCUUCUCAUAUGACUACUCGGGGUAUGGGGUCAGCACGGGAAAGCCCUCUGAGAAGAACCUCUACGCCGAUGUUGAUGCCGCCUGGCAGGCCCUACGCACGCGGUAUGGGAUCAGCCCAGAGAAUAUUAUCCUGUAUGGACAGAGCAUCGGGACGGUGCCCACGGUGGAUCUGGCCUCCCGUUACGAAUGCGCAGCCGUCAUCUUGCACUCACCUCUCACUUCGGGCAUGCGGGUCGCCUUUCCGGAAACCAAGAAGACCUAUUGCUUUGACGCAUUCCCAAACAUCGACAAAGUGUCCCGGAUCACCUCCCCAGUGCUUUUCAUCCAUGGGACGGAGGACGAGGUGAUUGACUUCUCCCAUGGCCUGGCCCUUUUCGAGCGCUGCCCCAAAGCGGUUGAGCCCCUCUGGGUGGAAGGGGCUGGUCACAACGACAUCGAACUCUAUAGCCAGUACCUGGAGCGGCUGCGGAAGUUCAUCUCGCAAGACCUGGCGGCGCAACACAACUGAAAGGUAUCCCUGUCUUUUUCCGCCAUAGCGGGAUCGAGAAGAAGAAAAAAAUGAAUGUUGCCGAAACGGCCAACUCUAUGGUCUCCGCGCAAUGGGGGAGUUGCGCCACGUUGCUGGACAAUGGCACCAUUGCACAGUCCUGCUUCUGGACGGCCCCAUCAUUGCUGCUGCCAUCUUGACUGACAUCAUCGCCUUUCCACGAAAACUUGAGCGUUGCAGAUUAUUAUUUUUUUAACGUUCACCAUCAGUCGGGACUGCGCCGUCUCUUUUCCUCAUUCUUUUGGACUCCAUCUUGUCGUCCCAUUGACGGACCCCAUUUUCCGCUCACCUCUCGCUGUCUCCUGUUGAAAGCAAUAAGCCAUGGGCAAAAUGGGAGAAGGCGGAUGAGUGCAAACACUAACGCCAUUUGGCAGGGAAAAUGAGACCGCCUUGCAUGAGACGCCAAAGUGCGCCAUCUCCGCUGCCCGAAACCACAGCGCCCUCCGGUGGCAGGAGGACUUGGGCAAUAUCCCUGCUGGGGAAUAAACUUGGAGAAACUCAUGAACAGAUUUAAGAUUGUGGAAUGUAAGCAAAGGUCACUAUUGAAGGGGGAAGGUAUUUUUUUGAGGGGGUCUGGUUUACUCCGUCCGCAACCUCUUAAGAUUCUCCAGUUAUUUUUUAGAGAACAUCCCUUGAUCUCGCUUUGACAGGCUCCCCAUCAGUUGCAGGAGCAAUGAAUCCGCUCCAUAUUUUAGCUGAAAUUUAAGGGAUUUUUUCCCCAAGAGGUCCGGCCAAUUUCGAGGGACUGUUGGGACGAUGCUUUUAAAGUUCGGACCGACAACCCGGAGCGUAUCCAUCAUCUUGUAAAUGUUGGAGCCGCCUCUGUCUGUGCCUCCCCAAUCCUUCCAGCUGUUUGACAUACAUUUCAGGCUCCAUUUUACUUAAUCCCAGAGGGCAGACAUUUUGGGUGGGUGGGCAGGAAUUAGGGAAAGAUCUCCUCCUUCCCUUAUAAUCACCUUUUCUUUUCUCUUUUUUGGAAGAUAAGAGGAAUAAAAGUUUGAAAGAUCUG